AUGGCUGAGCAACCACCAUUUUCCUCUUCCUUCUCUCAUGGGUGGCCUUAUGAUGUCUUUCUCAAUUUUAGAGGUGAAGAUACUCGCUUUGAUUUUGCCAGAAACCUCUACGAGGCCUUGCAACAAAAGGGUAUCCGUACUUUUUUAGACAACGAAAGGCUUAGAAAAGGAGAAAAGAUUACACCGUCACUUCUCAAAGCAAUCCAGGAGUCUAGAAUGGCUAUCUCUAUUUUCUCUAGAAACUAUGCUUCCUCUACAUUUUGUUUAGAUGAGCUUGUUCAGAUCCUUGAGCAUAUAAAUAAAAAAGGUAGAUUGGUUCUGCCCAUUUUUUAUAACGUGGAUCCAUCAGAAGUACGACGUCAAAGAAAAAGUUACAGAGAACCAUUUGUUCAGCAUGAGAGGAGGUUUAAAAAUGACAAGGAGAAGGUGCAAAAAUGGAGGCGGGCUCUACAAGAUGCUGCUAAUCUCUCGGGUUUCCAUUUCAAACCUGGAUGUCAAUACGAAUAUGCUUUUAUCAAAGCGAUUGUUAAAGAGGUCACUAGGAGAAUCAACCGCAAGCCUUUACACAUUGCCAAUUUUCCGGUUGGACUUGAGUAUCGAGUGCGAAAGGUAAAUUCUCUUCUAAAUGUUGAAUCUAAUGAAGGGGUCCAAAUAGUAGGAAUAUGUGGCACUGGUGGAAUAGGAAAAUCAACAAUUGCUCGAGCAGUAUGCAGCUCGAUUGUGGACUCAUUCGAAGGCUUUUGUUUUCUUGCUGAUGUCAGAGAAAAUUCAAUUAAUCAUGGCCUAGCAUAUGUCCAGGAAAUGCUUCUUUCUGAACUGUUGGAGGAGGACAUCAAGUUAAGAGAUGUUAACAAAGGAAUUCCAAUAAUAAAGCAUAGGCUCCACAAAAAGAAGGUUCUUCUUGUUCUUGAUGAUGUUGAUAAGCUAAAGCAAUUACAAGCAAUUGCUGGAGGACUUGAUUGGUUCGGUUCUGGUAGUAGAAUUAUUUUAACAACAAGGGAUAAGCAUUUGCUAGUAAGCCAUGGUGUUAAAAGAAUUUAUGAGGUAGACUGUUUAAAUAAAGAAGAAGGUCUUGAAUUGCUUAAAUGGCAUGCUUUUAAACGAAGUAGUGUUGAUGCAAGUUACAUGGACGUUUUAAACAAUGUCGUACUCUAUGCUGGUGGUCUUCCAUUGGCGUUGGAAGUUGUAGGUUCCAACUUGUUCAGUAGAGAAAUAAAUGAUUGGAAUUCCGCAUUAGAAAGUUAUCAUAGUAUGCCAAUUAAAGAGAUCCAACAAAUCUUGAAGGUAAGCUAUGAUGCUUUGGAGGAAUACGAGCAGGAAAUUUUUCUUGACAUUGCUUGCUGCUUUAAAGGUGACAGUUUUGAAUAUGUAAGAAGUGCUUUGUACGCACGUGGUAUAUGCCCAGAUUAUGGUGUUAAGGUAUUGAUUGAUAAGUGUCUGAUAAAGAUUAAUCAUGGUAAGGUGACUAUGCAUGAUUUGAUUCAAGCCAUGGGUAAAGAAAUUGUGCGGCAGAAGUCACUAUAUGAGCCUGGAAAGCGCACUAGGUUAUGGUUUCAUAAAGACAUUCUUAAUGUGUUGGAAGAAAACAAGGGUUCUGGGAAGAUUGAAGCCAUAAAUCUAGACAUGCCUGGAGAUAUGGUGAUUGAUUGGAGUGGAAAGGCCUUCAAAAAGAUGCCAAAUCUUAAGAUACUUAUUAUCAGAAAUGCACAGUUUUCUACUGGCCCCAAGUAUCUCCCCAACAGUUUAAGAGUGUUGGACUGGAAGGGAUAUCCUUGUCCAACUUUACCGCCUGACUUCAACCCCCGGGAGCUAAUUAUCCUCAAAAUGCCAGAAAGUUUCCUCAAACGCGAUAAGUUUCAGUCUUUGAGCUUGAUGAAUUUCAGAGGCUGCAAAUAUUUAAGACAAGUUUCUGACUUAUCUGCAGUGCCAGAUUUGAGGGAAUUGUGUUUGGAAGGCUGCAAAAAGUUAACUGAAAUUCACGUGUCCAUUGGAUUUCUUGGUAAACUUAAAAGGUUGAGUGUUAAACACUGUAAGAAGCUCAAGGCCUUUCCAAGCAUCAAGUUAACAUCCCUAGAGUUUCUCGACCUUUCUGGGUGCUCCAGCCUCACAAGAUUCCCAGAAAUAUUAGGAACGAUGGGAAAUAUCAAAGAGGCUUUACAUGAGGUUGAUGGCUUGAAAUUCAUAGUAGAAGAAGAUAAGACCCCAGAAUGGUUUGACCGCUAUGUUGAGGGACAUUCAUUGUCUUUUUCGUUCCAAAAGGAAUUCCCUAACAUGGCUGUAUGUUUUGGUGCAUUGAUAGAGGACGUAUGGCACUCGCCACCAAAAAUGCUCAUUGACGUCCGAGUUAAUGGCACAGAUGUUGGAUUUCCAGAAGGGCAAACAAUCUUUGCACCACUUACAACGCCACAUGUCUUUUUGUUUGAUUUGCGACCGCUUGUUCUUGAGGAUAAACUGAAAAGGGCAGUUUCAGAGUGUGGGUGGAACCACGUGGAGAUAUCCUUUGUCUUGAGUUACACAACGUGCUACCAUCCAGCGGUAAUGGAUUUGGAUGGAAUAUGUGGUAUAGCACUGGCAAAAUGGAGUGCAGCAUAUGUGUACAAGCAAAAAUCCAGAAUGGAAGAUGUUCGGUUCGUAAAUCAUAGACAGGAAGUAGUACCUGAGUUAUUGAAAGGAUCUUCGAUGAAUCCCGACAGAUUUGAAGAAAUAGUCGUACGUAGAGCCAUGGAAAACAGCAGCAACAAUGCAGUCAUGCCCCUUCUGCCCGAACCCAUUACUGAACUGAGAAAAAGGAAGAGGGACGGGAGAGAUCUAUCAACACGGGUCCCAUCUCCUUGCGCUCGUUCUCUUCACUGUUCGUCCCCCUUGGAUGAGAAAGGAUGA